GCUACAGUCCAGAAGCUCUCUAACAGAUGAGGAUGCAAGUGGAGUCAAUUAGUCAGAUCUUAGCAGUCGGUUACGAUGUGCGGUCACGGUCUGUGUCUCUCUCUUGCCGUCCUCUCUCUAACUUCUGGCGCCGCGUCAGAGUACUCUACCAAAACCGACUCAGACUACGAUUUCGGCGACUACCGAGGCAAGUGGUGUUUGGACGAACACGGGUUCGUGUACAACAUUGGGGAAAUCUAUUACCCCAGUCCCACAUCUUGCCCCUGCACGUGCACCGAAGAUGGACCUCUUUGCGUAAAGCCCCAGUGCCGGCGGAUACACCCACGGUGUACGCGCAUCAGCUACAAGUCCUGCUGCCCGGUCUGCGAAGCUGUGGGCAAGAUGUGCGUGCACGCCGGCAAAACCUACAAAGUCUUCGAGGAAUUCAAGAUGUCUCCGUGUGAGAAGUGCCGGUGUGCAGCCAACAGGCAGGUGUACUGCACAGUGUCCGAGUGCCCCGCCCUCCACUGCGUCAACCCCACGUACGACCCCCACCACUGCUGCCCCAUCUGCAAGAGUGGGCCCAACUGCUUCGCGGGGAACGCGGUGAUCCCCGCCGGGGUGCGGGUGGAGGUGGACGAGCACACGGUGUGCUUCUGCUCCUACAAGGACGGGACGUGGGAGACGCACCACCAGGCCUCCUGUGAGCCCCGCAGGGCCCCCCCCGCCCCCGCCCCCGCCCCGGGCGGGACGUCCGAGCAGAUGGUGGAGGAGCGCACCCCCCAGCUGGACCUCAUCCCGUGA